CCUAAGUGCUUUCCCGGAGCCGCAAAUGCGCAAGCGCAAGUGAUGCAGCGUCAUCUAUCGGUCCCGCACGCGCGGUGAGGCCGGGGAUGCCUUAUCUCCUAUGCUCUUAUGCAUUCUUAUGCUUUUGCAUUCAUAAGUCUUAUGUUCCUAAACCUUUCAAUAGUGAGCACCACGCGGAGGACGUGACGCAUGCAUGAGGCCAACAGCUGACGCAGCUCCCUUGCCCUUCUUUAUCUCUCUCUCCCAACCGAUUUUCCCGCCUGAGCUCUCGACGACAGGGGAGCAUGCGCAGAACGGCUUGAAGGACGGAGGUCGAAAGUGCAGCGACAGUUGGUGGUCAAUGGAUGUGGAACGACUGAAGAAGGGCAAGGCUCUGCGCAUGCGCUUGAGGGAAAGAAGGCUGCUAAAUGCGGGGAGGGGAGAUAGAGGGAAAAGGUUUUGUAUAACGGCCGGAAAGUGUGAGGGCUAAGGCUAAAUUAGAGGAGAAUGUCCAUCAUCACAAUACAACUUGGUCAGUGUGGCAACCAGAUUGGUCGCGAACUCUUUGAUGCCAUCUGCACAGACCUGCACAGCACACAUGGCCUGUGUUCCAAAAAGGAAAAUGAAGCCUUCCAGGCCACCUGCAAAGAGCGGUUCUUCAGCGAGGAGAAACCCGGAGUUUUGGUUGCCCGGGCUGUUCUUGCUGACAUGGAACCUAAAGUGAUUGGCCAGACUUUAUCCAUGGCUUCAAGGUCUGGUACCUGGAAAUAUGACCAUCAGUCCCACUUCUGUCAAAAGCAGGGGUCAGGAAACAACUGGGCGAAUGGCUACUGUGUUCAUGGACCCAAGCACAAAGAAGCCGUCAUGAACUUGAUACAGAAGGAGGCCGAGAAAUGCGACCGACUGAGUGGAUUUCUGACGGUUAUGAGCAUGGCUGGUGGGACAGGAUCAGGCCUGGGGACGUUUGUAACAGAAAGCCUGAAAGACGCCUAUCCCACCUCAUUCCUGUUAAACCACAUUAUCUGGCCGUAUGGAACUGGGGAGGUCAUCGUUCAAAACUACAACUCUGUCCUGACCCUCUCACAUCUGUAUCAGUCCUCCAAUGCCCUCCUGGUUCACGAGAACGAUGCCAUCCACAAGAUCUGUGCGCAGCUAAUGAAUAUCAAGCAGAUAUCUUUCCGGGAUGUGAAUCAAGUAAUCGCACAUCAGUUGGGGAGCGUCUUCCAGCCGGCUUACUCCUCUGAAGGUGCCACUCAGUACAGCAGAAGUCCCCUAGGGGAUCUAAUGGAAGCCCUAGUCCCGCAUCCUGAGUUCAAGAUGCUGGGUCUCCGGAACAUUCCUCAGAUGUCUGAAAAUUCACUUGCCUACAGCACUUUUGCAUGGCCCGGGCUUCUAAAACACCUGAGGCAGAUGCUUAUUGCAAAUGCCAAAAUGGAGGAAGGGAUUGAUUGGCAAGUGAGGCCUCCGGUACCUGGGCUCCCAGCAUCUAAAAAACAGUCUCUGAACAGGACCGCUUGUUUUAACACUUCCAUCGCCAACCUGGUUACCCUGCGAGGAAAAGAUGUACAAAGUGCAGAUCUAGGAGGUUUCCAAGAGCCUGCCCUGUACACUUCCUGGCUGAACGCUCAGGACGCCUUGACCGUCUGGAAGACCCCAAGAGCCUUUAAUAAAUAUGAGAAGUCUGCCUCUUUGGUCAGCAACAGCCAGUUUUUGCUGAAGCCCGUCGACAGCAUAGUGGGGAAGGCGUGGAAAAUGUUUGCUUCCAAGGCUUAUGUGCACCAGUACACAAAGUUUGGGAUUGAAGAGGAAGACUUUCUGGACUGUUUCACAGUUCUGGAACAAGUAAUUGCCAGCUACACCAACCUCUGAUUCUCAAAUUCAUCCUUGGCCAGCAGAGGGGAAGGCAUUAUCUGUGCAGAUCCAAAAUCCUAGGGAUGGGGUGGAGGCCUUGAAAUCCAUGUUGGGGGUGUGUGAGCAUCUUGCAUUUAUACAUAUUAGAGAACUGACCAAGAAACAGUGAAGAAUUGAAUGUAGCAGGAGGAUUCUUUUAACAGACACCUCAUCCCAGAUAUGUGCUUUGAUUCAAAAAACUUUCGAAGACAUGAGUUCCCACACCAGAAUCGAGGGAGCUCCAGCUAUCAAUGGAGGAAGCAGAUAUAUACACGCAUCCAUUUCACCCCUUCACCAACAUAUAUAUAUAUUUACAAUCUAAAUUGUAUGUGUUUUGGAUAUAAAAUAACUUUAUUUUCUUA